AAUUUUCUUUCUCGUGCAUAAAUAGAGGACAUACAUGCCGAAACAGCUAUGCUUAUCUAUAGUUUCAUUUGGCUAGAAAAGGCUGUGCCACAUUUAUCAAACCCUUUCUCUCUCUUAACUCGAGAUCUGAAAUCACUCUGAUGGAGCAAAGUAAGGAGAAAAAUGCUCCCUGGUUAUCAGUGCCACAGUUUGGGGACUGGGAUCAGAAGGGACAAGUGCCGGACUACUCUCUGGAUUUCUCUAAAAUUCGGGAAAUGAGGAAGCAAAACAAGACAAAUAUUUCAAGGGCAAGUCUUGGUAAUGAAGAGGAACUGAUGGCUUCUUCUACCAAUAACACUACAAACACUGUCCACAGUGAUGAACACCAGCACCAGCAUCCUCACUACCACCAAACCAGCUCUCCAACUACGAGGAGGAGCUUCCUGAGCUACUUCAACUGUUGCGUAAAAGCUUGAUGCUGCUGGGAAUCUAGAAGCUUUUUUGUCUGCCUAAGGCCAUGGACAGGGACAAAAGUAUGGUUUUGCCCUUGGUGAUUAUUUACCUCGCACUUGUUUUUGAUUUAGGAAAUCAACCCCUUUUUAAGCCUUAAUCUUCAGUAGGCGAUUCUAUAUUACUUGCAUCUUAGUUUAAAAUUUGUGUAUCCAAUUAGAGUUCAAGAUGGUAAGCAUGUAAAUGACGCUCAAAGUACUUUCAAUCCUGUACCACCGGUCCAAAAUAUGAUGAUGAAUUAAUCCAGCAUAGCAAUGUUGUUGACCUUGAAA